AUUCUUGGAAAACCCCUCUAUAUAUAACGCUCGAUUAUUAGACUUGUUUGGCUUCAAGAAAAGUUUACAACAAAAAUAAUAACCUCUUCCUCCUCCUCCGAGCUAGCAAAUAAGCUUAAAAAGUGAUAUGGCUCCGAAUCCAACCACCGUCAAAUUCCUCUGUAGCUACGACGGCAGAAUCACCCCACGUUAUCCCGACGGCAAGCUCCGUUACCAAGGUGGUCAUACACGUGUCCUCUCCGUCCCUCGCUCCAUAUCCUUCACCGAGCUAACGAAAAAGCUCGGCGAGAUUUGCGGGAUUGCGGUGAGUAGUCUCCGGUGUCAGUUACCAACGGAUGAUCUCGACGCGCUUGUAACCGUAAGUUCCGACGAGGAUCUAAAGAAUCUCAUGGAGGAAUACGAUAUCGCUACAACGACGCAUGUUAAGAUCCACGUAUUCCUUUCUCCACUAAAAUCAACGAGGACAACAACAAACUCGUCUCCUCCAACUUCAACGACGUCUUCUUCUUCAUCAAAAUCGUCAAAAUCACGCUCUCGGUCUCCUCCAUCGCCGUCAACUUCGGAAACAUGUCAGAGUUGCGUAGAGAGAUCGAUGCGUAACAAUGGAUCCUACGUUCAUCGAAGUCCAAGCAAUAACCAAUUCUACCUCUUCAAUAAUUGUGACAAAUAGAAGUUAUAGAACUAUAUUAAUAACGCGAGGAUCAGUUUCAUUUUUAAGAGAUUUGUGGUUCUGUUAGAUUUUUGAAUUUUUCCUUUUGUGAUGGUGAUGAAAGAGUGUCUUUUUGGUUUUUUACCAGUCACAAUUUCUUCUAUGAAAAUCCAAUGAAUAUAAGCCACGUGUAAAGAUAAUGAAGAUAUUUUGUUCUCU